CCGUGAUGUACCCCCACUCGUCCCUCAGCCACAAGAUCCAAGACGCCUUCAUAAUAUGCGUCUCGUCACUCCAAGACCAAUAGCCCAACAAACCAAUAAUAGUAAUAAUGAGGCUCUAUUAUCGCCUUCAAAACCUGUUUAUCAACUGACAUGCAGACACUGUCUUACGAUGGUUUGCACUCGAGGUAUGAAAGCUAUUCUUUUAGCAGACACUUCUAUAGAAUUAUACAGUACAGAUGCUCCUGCCCAAAGCAUCCAUAUUUUGGAUAAAGACUACCUUACUAGGUCUUGCCACUGCAGAAUUCGUGAUGUUGCCUGCUUACAAUGUGGCAAUGUUAUAGGGUAUCACGUCAUUUCGCCUUGUAUUCAAUGCUUAGACGCCUCUAAUAAUGGCCACUUUUGGAUGUUCCACUCAAAUGCUUGUCAACCCACUGAGAGACAAGAUAAAGAUAAGCGUAUUCUUGUUUGGAGUAAGUUACCUCGUGCAGAAAUGGAUCAAGAUUUUAUUAGGGGCAAUAAACAUUCAUAUGAGCAGCUUUGUAGGUAG